AUGCGUGGUGUGUGCGUGUUCCUUUUGGCAUGCAUCAUGCCGCUAUCCGUCGCCAUGCCAGACAGGCAGGACCCGUUUCUCUGGCUGUCCGCCCUGCAUGGUCGCGGUUACAACGAGGGCUCCCUAUUGGCCGACACCACCGGGGGGGAGUGUCCUGAUGAGUGUGACUGCCCGCCCUCCUUUCCCAUCGCUAUGUACUGUGAUGGACGGGGGCUGACAGCCAUGCCCACAGUGCCCUCCAGGAUGAAGUACCUGUACCUGCAGCACAACGAGAUCACCGCCCUGCCAGACUCCGCCCUGGCUAACACUACUAACCUAGUCUGGGUCAUGUUGCAUCACAACGCGCUGUCUACAGACAAAAUCGGCAAGAGGGCGUUUGCCAAGCUGCAAGGAUUGGAGCGUCUGUACCUACAACAUAACAACCUGACUGGUGUUCCCCCCAACCUGCCACGCUCACUACGAGACCUCAGACUCAACAACAACAACAUCAACAAGAUUACGCCAGAGGCCCUGGAGGGCAUGGGCAACCUGACCAUCCUGUAUCUCCAUGACAACGCUCUGACGGAGAUGGGCACAUCUCUUAGGGGGUUGAACUCACUCACACUCCUCGACGUCAGCGGCAACAAGCUGAAAAAGGUUCCAGACAGCCUCCCAGAGCGCAUCCACCAGCUGUACCUGGAGUCUAAUGCCAUCAGCGCUGUCCCAGAGGGAUUCCUCAGUAAGUUCUCCCAGCUGCAAUACAUUCGCAUGGGCCACAACCAGCUGACGGACAAGGGCAUCCCUCCCAACACCUUCAACGUGACUGGCCUGGUGGAGCUGGACCUCAGCUUUAACCAGCUGGAGAGGAUCCCCCCCGUCAGCCAGACGCUAGAGCACCUCUACCUACAGGCCAACCACAUCAAAGAGUUUACCCUGGGUAGUUUCUGUAGUGUCGUGGACGUGAUUAACUUCUCCAAACUGAGGACGGUGCGUCUGGAUGGGAAUGAGAUCAGCACCGGGGAUGUCCCCUCCGACUCAGUCCUUUGUCUGCGCAUGGCCAACACCAUCGAGGUGUAA